UUGAGCCCGGCAGCUCCAGGCUUCAUUCAUAAGACUGGAGCGGCUACGCCGGGGACACGCGGAGCCGGGGCUUGCAGGACUUGACUACUGGUGACUCUUCUUCUUCUUCUUGGCGGCCGUGAAAAAUUAUAUAUAUAUAUAUAUAUUAUUUUUUAACUGGAGAGAAAGUUUUGUGGGUUUCUUUUUUGCAAGACUCCUUCUAGAUCGUUCUUCUGUUUCGUCCCGAGGAUAGACUUACUUUCUGUGGGCUUUUGGAUCGCGCCCCUCUGCCCUCCCCCAUUUCGUGGGACUCCUGGAAAGGAAGGAAGCAGCAUCCGAAGCGCACGCUGACCGGCGGCACUGCGCGGCGGGACUCUGGGCGGGGAGCGAUCCCCGCGUCGCCCGCCGUGAAAUCGACGGAGCUUGGACUUUGAGGAGGUACAGCGGCGACCUGAAGGGGACCUGGGCGCUUGCAGAGGGGACUUGCAUCGAAACUUGGGCAGUUCUCCGAGCCGGACGCGGAGCUCCCCCAAGCAGCGCACUUUGGGGACGUGUCCGGUCCACUCCGGACUCGCAUCUCAUCCCACUCGGCCAUAGCCUUGGCUUCCCGGCGACCUCAGCGUGGUCACAGGGGCCCCCCUGUGCCCAGGGAAAUGUUUCAAGCUUUCCCCGGAGACUACGACUCCGGCUCCCGGUGUAGCUCGUCACCCUCUGCCGAGUCUCAGUACCUGUCUUCGGUGGACUCCUUCGGCAGUCCACCCACCGCCGCCGCCUCCCAGGAGUGCGCCGGUCUCGGGGAAAUGCCCGGCUCCUUCGUGCCAACGGUCACUGCAAUCACGACCAGCCAGGACCUCCAGUGGCUCGUGCAACCCACCCUCAUCUCUUCCAUGGCCCAGUCCCAGGGGCAGCCACUGGCCUCCCAGCCUCCAGCUGUUGACCCUUAUGACAUGCCAGGAACCAGCUACUCAACCCCGGGCCUGAGUGCCUACAGCGCGGGUGGAGCAGGCGGAAGUGGCGGGCCUUCGACGAGUACAAGCACCAGUGGCCCUGGACCUGCGCGCCCAGCCAGAGCCAGGCCUAGAAGACCCCGAGAGGAGACGCUCACCCCGGAAGAAGAAGAGAAGCGAAGGGUACGCAGAGAGCGGAACAAGCUGGCGGCAGCUAAGUGCAGAAACCGUCGGAGGGAGCUGACCGAUCGACUCCAGGCGGAAACGGAUCAGCUGGAAGAGGAAAAGGCCGAGCUGGAGUCGGAGAUCGCCGAGCUGCAAAAAGAGAAGGAACGCCUGGAGUUUGUCCUGGUGGCCCACAAACCGGGCUGCAAGAUCCCCUACGAAGAGGGGCCGGGGCCAGGCCCGCUGGCCGAGUGAAGUUCAAGUCCUCGGCGACCCUUUCCCCGUUGUUAGCCCUUCGUACACUUCCUCGUUUGUCCUGACCUGCCCGGAGGUCUCCGCAUUCGCCGGCGCCCAACGCUCCAGCGGCAGCGAGCAGCCGUCCGACCCCCUGAACUCGCCCUCCCUUCUCGCUCUGUGAACUCUUUAGACAAACAAAACAAACAAACCCGCAAGGAACGAGGAGGAGGAGGAAGAGGAGGAGAGGGGAAGGAGCGCUCGGGGGGGUGUGCGGACCCCUUGACUCCUCCGUCUGACGGACGGCCACCCGCCUCUGCCCUCGGACAGGACGGAAGGACCUCCUUUGUGUUUUGCGCUCCGUCUCUGGUGUCUGUGCCCCGGCGAGGCCGGAGAGCUGGUGACUUUGGGGACAGGGGGUGGGGCGGGGACGGACACCCCUCCGGCCAGACGUCUAAUGGUCCUGUCACUUCAACCCGACUUCUGGGGAAUAGAUGGAUGGGGGGUGGGGGGGGGGGUGGGAUGUGACGCCCACUUUUGGCGUCUUGCCGCGUGAGUGAGGCUGGAGGGGGAAGGGGUGCUGGUGGGUGUGGGGUGCAGGGUGGGCUUGUGGACGAGCUGGCAUGCACCCCCAGAGAGGCCCAACGAGGAUCUGACAGCCCUGUCCUUCUCUUUCCCCCUACCCACCCACCCACCACCCACACUCCGGGGCGCAGGGUGACCAAGAUAGCUCUCUUAUGCUCCCUCGAGCCUUAACUGAUUAACCCAACACUUCCAAGAGGUCACAACCUCACCUCCUCCGGGACGAAUUGAGCCUCCCCCCCCCCCCCGACUGAGGGAAGUCGGUGCCUGCUUUGGGAGUCCGCUCACCCCACUUCCCCGAUGAUUCCAAAAUGUGAACCCCUAUCUGACUGUUCAGGCUUUUCCUCCUGGAAAAACUGGCUCGGGUUGGAUCUCUUUCUCUCUCAUCUGCUGCAGAGCCCCCCCCCCGCCCCCAGCUCAGGCCCGAGCCCACCCCUGCGCAGUAUUAUGCCAUGCCCCCCUCGCCCCCACCCCCUCAGCCGCCCUUGGCCGUCCUCGUUGGGCCUUUCUGGUUUCAGGCAGCAGGGGGCGCUGCGACGCCCGUCUUGCUGGAGCGCUUUAUACUGUGAAUGAGCGGCCGGAUUGCGGGGUGCGGCGGGGCGGGAUUGACCCCCCAACCCUCCAAAGCCUUCCCUGGGUCUCCCCUUCUUCCACUGCCUCCUUCCUCCCCUCGACAGGGAGUUAGACUCAGAGGAGGGACGGUGACGCACCCCUGCGGCCUUCUUGCGCAGGCCCCAGACAUUUCCCCCCAAGGUCUCCCGCCUCCCCCAGCCUAGGACGCCAACUUCUCCCCACCCUGGGAGCCCCGCAUCCUCUCACAGAGGUCGAGGCAGUUUCUAGAGAAGUUUUCAGGGCUGAGGCUUUGGCUCCCCUACCCCUGAUAUUUGAACCCCCAAAUAUUUUUGGACUGGCGUACUUAAGAGGGGGCUGAGUUCCCACUGUCCCGCUCCAUCCAAUUCCUCCAGCCCCCAAUAUGGGUCCUGGCUCCUCCCUCCAGCUUUCACCUCGUGAGAAUUCCACGAGUCAGAUUUCUAUUUUUUAAUAUUGGGGAGAUGGGCCCUCCCCUGUGCUGCAUGGAACACAUUCCACACCCUGUCCUGGGUCCUGGGUUCCAACCCUAAGCCCCACCCAAGCUAUUUAUCCCUCCCCUGGUUCCCGAAAAGCCCUUAUAUCUAUUAUGUAUAAAUAAAUAUAUUAUAUAUGAGUGUGUGCGUGCGUGCGUGUGUGUGCGCGUGUGUGUGCGCGCGUGCGUGUGCGAGCUUCCUCGUUUGCAAGUGUGCUGUGGACUUCGAAAUCGCUUCUGGGAACUCGAGUCAGACUCUGGCUAUCCCUUCGUAACUCACUGUUUUUGUUGUCCCAGCCCCUCUGGCUCUUGGAGACAGUCUUUUCUCAGUCUGUUUCGCUCUGACCACUUCCAACAUGUCUCCUCUCUCACUGGCCCUGAUCUUCCUUCUGUCUGUCGACUCCGGGUUUGUUGGGGACAUGCAAUUUUACUUUUGUGAGUAAGAGUGACUGAGUGGUAGAUUUUUACGAUCGGUAUCGUUGAGAAUCCUGGGUGGGAGUGUUUGAGCAGGAGAAGGGCCUGCCGCUGCCGACCACAAUUCAUUGACUCCGUAGCUGCCCACCCAUGCUGUAUUUGUGAUUUUGUUGUUGUUUUGUAUUUUGCACCUGACCCAGGGGGUGCUGGGGCAGUCUAGCACCGGGCAGCUCCCCUCCCCCCUUGGUUCUGCACUGUCGCCAAUAAAAAAAGCUUUAAAAAAUG